UAACAUUGCGUUAACAGGCGAAUGUUUUUUACAUCAGACUUGUCGUUAGUCGUUUCUUUGUGAAAAAUUAGUAGUACUUUAGUUUUAAUUCGAAAUACCAAUUAAAUACACUAAUGUCGGACAACCAGGACAAAGAAGAAACAUUGGCCAGUUUCCAGAAUAUAACUAACAUCGAGGAUGUGGGUGAAGCCUUUUCGCAUCUGGAAGCUGCAAAUUGGGAUCUUGUGGAAGCACUCAGCCGUGUAAUACCACAAGAUGAUGCGCCGUUGGCGAAUUUGAAUCCCAAUACCAAUCCCAUACAUCAUCAUCCGCCCGAGGCGAUCGCACACGAUGCCCAAGUGUCUCCACAAGCUGCAGUUGGCGCUGGAACAGGAGCAGGAGCAGCACAUCCCAAUGCCAAUCUUAAUACCAAUCUGAAUGCACAACAAGCAGCAAACACCAAUGGGUUUAGGCCAUUCAAUUAUGAUGAGAUGCCCGGACCAUCGCAGGGUGCACGCAUGUUUCCAACGUCACAAUUGCUAGCCCAGCUGACGUCGAGCAUCAACUUGGAUCCCUCAAGGCAGAACAACAACCAGAACAUAUUGGUAUUCAACAUACACUUCAAUCAGCAAAUUUAUCAGAUACGCAUACAAUCGCUGGCGACUGUCGAACAACUAAAGCGAAAGAUCUUUGAUGUGACCAAUGUACCACAAUGUCGUCAGGCCUUACGUGGCUGGCCACCGUCCAGAGCUAGUGAAGCUCAGCUGUCCGAGACGCAGCUCUGCAAUUUGGGCCUGGCGCCAGAGAAUGAGCUCAUACUUGUGGAUCUAACCGAUGAUGGUUUCAUGGAUACCGAACAAGAUGAGAGUACACAGCGCUUGGAUAAGAUAUUUAAGCUACACAUUGUGGUGGAGCCGGAGGGACGCCGCACAACAUUGAGUAUGGAGGGCAAAACAACAAUCGAGGAGCUGAAAACAAAAGUUUACUACAUUACCAACACGCCAGUGCGGCAUCAGGAAUGGUCCGGCUGGCCUAGCGGUUGUGAUAACGAAACCACUCUGGCGCAAUCGGGCAUUGAGCAGAAUCAUGAGUUUGUGGUGCGCAAUAUUGCGGAUCGCGUGCAAAACAAUUCCAAUGCAUUGAACAGCUCGGACGUCGUCAAUCUGGAUAGCGAAAGCUCUGCGGAUGAGUUUGAGGAUGCUACAGACUUCAACAAUUCGGAAUACAUAUUCACAGAUUCGCCACCUGUGCAGCCAUUGAACAGGCAUCUGAUUAGCAACAAUACGAACGAUGAGACGAGCGGCUCGGCACAAUUUGUGGAGAACUAUAGAGCCCGCUUUGGUGAGCCACAUGCUGACUUCUUCAUAGGCAGCUUAGAGGAUGCACUGCGACUGGCCUGCCACAAGCCCGCCAAGGAGCGCAAACUGUUGGCCAUCUAUUUGCAUCAUGGCGAGAGUAUUCUGACAAAUGUAUUCUGUGAUCAUCUCAUGAAGGACGAGGGCAUCAUUUUGACAUUUCGCGAGAAUUUCGUGCUCUAUGGUUGGGACAUGACGUACGAGAGCAACAAGGAUAUGUUCCUGUCGUCACUGACGGCCUGCAUCAAUAGCAACGCUUCAUUGACGGCCAGAAAUAUCAAGCUAGACAAGCUGCCCGCCAUUAUGCUAGUCGGCAAGAGUCGCAUGAUGGGCCGUCAGACAUGCGAGGUCUUAUCUGUGAUUCAUGGCAACAUUGGGCUGGCUGAUUUGCAGUCGCGUCUCUUCGAUACUACAGUGAUGUAUGAGGAGCAGCUGCAGGGCGAGAUACGCGAGGAGAACGAACGUGCGGCGCGCGAUCUGGUUAAGGCCGAGCAGGACAUGGCAUACGAGGAGACGCUUCAAGCCGACAUGGCCAAAGAGGCAGCGAAGCGUCAAAAGGAAUUGGCCCAAGCAGCCGAGCGCAAGCGCAUUGAAAGCGAGCGUGCCGAAGAAGAUGCUAGACGUGAAUCCAUCAGAUUAGUGGCUAAGCAAUCAUUACCUCAGGAGCCUGCCGAGCAUGAAGCAAACAUUUCCAAAAUACGUGUGCGCAAGCCAACUGGCGAUCACCUGGAGCGUCGCUUCUACACACGUGACACACUCCAGGACCUGCUAAACUUUGUGGCAGCCAAUGGCUUUCUGAUCGAUGAGUACAAAGUGUUUAGCGGCUGGCCACGUCGUGAUCUGACCGCCAUCGAAGCGAGCCAAACGCUUGAGAGCCUCAAGCUGUAUCCGCAGGAAACUGUCAUAUUGGAGGAACGAUUUUGAUUUGCAUUCUUAUCGAUGAUCGCUUUACAGAUGUUCAUUUUAAGAGUUUCGUUUUCAUUUUGGAUUUAAGAUACGUGAAAGAGAACUAGUGUUUUAUGUUCAAUCACAAUAACCACAACAACAAACAACCGGAACAACAAACACUUUUACGCCGAAUUGGACUGUAGUUUUAUGAGCAAACAUUUUUUACGAAAUCGAGUUUAGGUUCGAGCAGAUCUACAGCUAUAAAUAUAUAAAUAUAUAUAAAUACACACACACAUAUACAUUUAGAUUAGCACCAACUGCGAUUUAUGUUGCCACCCCCAACAAACAAACACACACAACACAACAAAACUAUAUCCCCCAUUCAACCCCUAUACACACACACACACACUCGUAACUGGUAGCGUUAGUUAAGCAUUCAAGAGAUGAAAGAAAGGCAUUUAAGUUGGCUUUGUUUUACUUUAUCAAUAAUAAAUUAUAUAACAUGUACUGAAAACGCAUGCCCCAGCGCACACUUCAUUUUUCUUUUCUGUUUUUCUACAUAUUUUCAUUUUACACAUAACAACAUAAAAAACAAGGGCGGGACGACGUACUGUGUGUGUUUUGGGUUAAGUAAAAUAAAAAAACAAUCAAGUUUGCAGCCUACACGAGUAUUGGACUGUACAGAGAGCGGACACAGAGAUUAUAUUAUAUAUAUAGCACCAACGUCCAUCCAUCCAUCUAACCAAAGACCUUCUCGAUGGGCGCCAGGACCACAAGCAGUAUCAGCACCACAACAAACAGCGCCAGCACAAUCGUAUAGACACCCAAUAGACCCUUCCUCAGGCCACCAUACUGCAAAUAAGAGAAAGCGAAGGAAUGAGCAAAGGAUUCGAAUAUAACAAAGUUAAGUUCAACCUACCGGUGCAUCCAUUUUACGCUCCAUGCUCAUGCCAUUGCGCAUGGCAUGCUGAUGAUGAUGCGACACUUCACCCAUCUGGAAGGUGUUUACACGCUGACUUUGCUCACGAUCCGACGCUAUCGACGACACCUGCCAAUGAUUCAUGCACAAAUAGAUCUGGGAAUUAAUGGACGUAGCCUCACAGUUCGAAACGGAGCGAUGAAUGAAUUAGUAACAAAAUGAAUGGAGCAUUUAAUGACACUGUGUACAGGGCAUGCGACAGGAUGCGUCUGGACAUGAUUUGAAGGGCACCACACACACAGUCACGCACAGCACACUUCACACUUACGGAGAAAAUGAGAUGCACCAGCACAUGGAACACUACAAAGCCAACCAGAAUCCAGUCCAUCCAUUCUGGCAGCUCUGCUUUGGGCAACUUGACCGAGAAGAAGAUGGCAACAACUGCAAGCAAGAGGAAAUAUUUAUAUAGUUGUAGUUUAAGACGAAAAUUCCUUCACUCACUGGCUAGAAUGUGUGCUAGGUUGCCGCCCAGCCAAUGUCCCCAGUUGAAGUAAGGACGCGAUUUGUCGUUGGGUCCGGGUCUGAAGAGCGCACCAAUGGGCUGAAUGAAGCAGAGAAUGACCGUGAUGAGGCCAGUGAUGGAAUGCGCAUGCCACACAGCACGCUUCAGCUCAA